AUGAGGGAGGAGAGAGAAAGAGGAGAGGAUGUAUUGACAUGGCCUCUUGUGGUCGGAGAGAGAGGUAAUAAAACUAGUGUUAAGGAAGAAGUUAAGAAACAGCUAUGGCUUUCGGGUCCACUAAUCGGCGUGAGUCUUCUUCAGUUUUGUCUACAAGUCAUCUCCGUUAUGUUCGUCGGCCAUCUUGGCUCUCUUCCUCUCUCUGCCGCCUCUAUCGCCACUUCUUUCGCCACCGUCACCGGCUUCAGCUUCCUCAUGGGAACAGCAAGUGCAUUAGAUACACUUUGUGGCCAAUCAUACGGAGCAAAGAUGUACGGAAUGUUAGGGAUACAAAUGCAAAGAGCAAUGUUUGUUCUUACUCUACUCUCUGUUCCUCUCUCCAUCAUUUGGUCUAACACAGAGCACUUCCUAGUCUUCUUCGGACAAGACAAGUCCAUUGCUUCACUCGCUGGAUCAUACGCAAGAUUCAUGAUCCCAAGCAUCUUCGCUUACGGUUUACUUCAAUGCUUAAACAGGUUCUUGCAGGCCCAAAACAAUGUGUUUCCUGUGGUUUUUUGCUCUGGAAUCACAACUUCUCUUCAUAUCCUCCUCUGUUGGGUCUUGGUUUUGAAAUCGGGUUUAGGGUUUAAAGGAGCCGCUGUGGCUAACUCCAUCUCGUAUUGGCUUAAUGUCGUUCUCUUGUUCUGUUACGUCAAGUUAUCGCCUUCUUGCGCUCUGACUUGGACCGGUUUUUCAAAGGAGGCUCUCCGAGAUAUCAUCCCUUUUAUGAGACUAGCUAUACCUUCUGCACUUAUGGUCUGCUUAGAGAUGUGGUCCUUUGAGCUUCUGGUUCUUUUAUCAGGACUUCUUCCGAACCCGGUUCUUGAAACUUCAGUCCUCUCAAUCUGCCUUAAUACAUCAGGAACAGUCUGGAUGAUCCCAUUUGGUCUUAGUGGCGCUGCAAGCACAAGAAUAUCAAACGAGUUAGGAGCGGGAAAUCCAGAAGUGGCUAAGCUUGCCGUGCGUGUGGUCAUGAGCAUUGCAAUCGCAGAGAGUAUAGUGAUCGGUUCGGUUUUGAUAUUGAUAAGGAACAUAUGGGGAUUGGCUUACAGUAGUGAACCGAAAGUAGUCACGUAUGUAGCCUCGAUGAUGCCGAUUCUUGCCUUAGGCAAUUUUCUAGACAGUCUUCAAUGCGUUCUCUCAGGGGUUGCUAGAGGAUGUGGAUGGCAGAAGAUAGGAGCAUUCGUGAAUCUUGGAUCAUAUUAUCUUGUUGGAGUUCCUUCAGGCUUGUUACUUGGUUUUCACUUUCACGUUGGUGGUCGGGGGCUUUGGUUUGGAAUCAUAUGUGCACUCGUUGUUCAAGUUAUAUGUCUUUCCCUCGUCACCAUCUUUACAAAUUGGGAUGAAGAGGCCAAGAAAGCUACAAAACGAGUUGAGUCUUCUUCAGGUGUGAAGGAUUAUGCCGUCGAUAAUGGAUCAGUUGUUGUAUUUUGA